UCUCUUCUCCUCACAAUCCAUAACUCAACAAUACAUUUCUCAUAUCACCACAACAACCCAUACUUCUCCUCUGCCCCCCUUUCCCCCUUCACUUCCCCACCGGCGGCAGACUUCACCGGUGAAAAUGGACGUUCGCCGGAGAUCUGAAAAGGCUGUCUACUCAUCCGACGUCUUUGCCGCCGAUGAAAAACCUCUCAAACCCCACAAAAAACAACAAGAAGAAGACAACCUUCUCAAUAUUGAUGAUGCCCUUCCACUCCCUUUGUAUCUCACAAAUGGUUUGUUUUUUGCCAUGUUCUUCUCCGUUAUGUAUUUUCUUCUCUCCAGGUGGCGUGAGAAAAUCAGGAAUUCCACUCCUCUCCAUGUGGUUACACUUUCUGAAUUGGUUGCCAUUUUUUCGUUGAUCGCUUCUGUUAUUUAUCUUCUGGGGUUCUUUGGGAUUGGUUUUGUCCAGACAUUCGUUUCCAGGGGGAAUAAUGAUUCUUGGGAUGUGGAGGAUGAUGAAAAUGAUGAGCAAUUUAUCUUGAAGGAAGAUAGUCGAAACCAUGCGAAUACUCUUGGCUGUGUUGUCCCUCCACCAUCUGCUCGACAUGCCUCAAUGGUACCACCUCAACCUGUUAUGUCUAUUGCAGAAAAACCUGCACCAUUAGUCACACCAGCUUCGUCUGAGGAAGACGAAGAGAUAAUAAAAUGCGUGGUGCAAGGGAAAAUGCCAUCGUACUCGUUGGAAUCCAAACUUGGUGACUGUAAACGAGCUGCAUCGAUAAGGAAAGAGGCGUUGCAGAGGAUUACAGGGAAGUCUUUAGAAGGGCUACCAUUAGAGGGAUUUAACUAUGAAUCCAUUCUUGGACAAUGCUGUGAGCUGCCAAUCGGGUACAUACAGAUACCGGUGGGAAUAGCAGGGCCAUUGUUGCUAAAUGGGAGUGAGUAUUCAGUGCCGAUGGGAACCACAGAAGGAUGUUUAGUGGCUAGCACCAAUAGGGGUUGCAAAGCUAUAUAUGCUUCUGGUGGGGCCACCGCCAUAUUGCUUCGUGAUGGGAUGACCAGAGCACCCUGUGUUAGGUUCGGUACAGCUAAAAGAGCAGCAGAGUUGAAGUUCCAUGUUGAAGAUCCCAUCAAAUUUGAGACACUUGCUAAUGUUUUCAACCAAUCAAGCAGAUUUGCCAGAUUACAGAGGAUUCAGUGUGCAAUUGCGGGAAAGAAUCUGUACAUGAGAUUUGUCUGUAGCACUGGUGAUGCAAUGGGAAUGAACAUGGUAUCUAAAGGUGUACAAAACGUUCUUGAUUACCUUCAGAAUGAAUAUCCUGACAUGGAUGUCAUCGGUAUAUCUGGGAACUUUUGCUCGGACAAGAAGCCAGCAGCAGUUAAUUGGAUUGAGGGGAGAGGAAAAUCUGUAGUUUGUGAGGCAAUUAUCACAGAAGAGGUGGUGAAGAAAGUUCUGAAAACCGAGGUUGCUGCUCUUGUAGAGCUAAACAUGCUUAAAAAUCUUACUGGCUCUGCCAUGGCUGGUGCCCUUGGUGGUUUCAAUGCCCAUGCUAGCAAUAUCGUCUCAGCUGUGUAUAUAGCCACUGGUCAGGACCCAGCUCAGAACAUAGAGAGCUCACACUGUAUCACUAUGAUGGAGGCUGUAAAUGAUGGCAAGGACCUUCAUAUUUCUGUUACUAUGCCUUCCAUUGAGGUUGGUACAGUUGGAGGUGGAACUCAACUUGCAUCACAGUCAGCUUGCUUAAACUUAUUGGGAGUGAAAGGUGCCAACAGAGAGGCACCAGGGUCAAAUGCUAGGCUCUUGGCCACUAUAGUAGCUGGUUCUGUUCUUGCUGGUGAGCUUUCCCUCAUGUCAGCUAUCUCAGCUGGACAGCUGGUUAAAAGCCACAUGAAAUACAAUAGGUCUACCAAAGAUGUCACCAAGGCAUCCUCCUAAACAAGGGUGCUCCAACAAAGUAGCUUCCAUUUAAUAAUAAAUAAAUUUGACAAAGCAAAAAAGUUUGGACAAGUGUUGGAAGCUGAAAGCAAAGUGAAGGUCCUGAAGAAACAUCAGAAGACAAAUACAGCCAACUUCUUUCUUUUUUUCUUAUAGUUUGUGUAAACAAAACAUGCAAAUGUAUUGUGAAGAUUAGUGGGGAGAAGUUAGCUGGGCUGUCUUUUGUCUCAGUGAUUCUUGAUGUCAUAUAUAUGUUAGCUACCAACACUUGGUGUCAUAUAUACCCUUUUUGUUUCUGUUGUACUCUUCCUUUGUUUGUUAAUUUGUCAUUUGUCUGUAAUUUCUGCUGGGGUUGUCUGGAUCUGAUGAGAAAGUGUGUUCUCUUGUAUAUACAAAAUAAAGUUCUUUUAUUCAAAUGAAGUGUUGUGUGUUUGUUGA